CACGCGGGCUAGUUUUUUCUAGAAGUAUUCUGUUUCGGUUACAUGACGUACGAUACCUUCUUGCACUUCCGGCAUAUCGCGCGGGCGCUAAGAUGGUGGAUUUCGACGAGAAAAGUGGAGUUAUCUGGAGUUCAACUGAAUGGGGAAGUUGGGGGCAAACUAUAGAGGAAAUAUUCAUUAAAGUUAAUUUGCCUGAAAAUACCACUUCUAAACAAGUCGUUUGUAAAAUUACAGCGAAAUCGAUCAAAUGUGUAGUGCGAGGCAUCGUUAUUUUUGAGGUACAUGUUGGCAAAAGUUCACAGACAUGUCAGACAGUACCGAUUAACUUUGAAAGUGGACCACAGUUCACUUUACACUUAAUUUGUACAUUAUAAAUUCAUGAUUUCCUGACUCGUGUAAUAAUAUAUUAUACUAUUUGCUUGCAUGAACCUCCCUGUGAAAAGCUCUGGGUAGUUUGGUCUACCAUUAAAAACGACAGACCGAUGAUGCGUCUCAUAUAUAAAAUUGCGCAGAUAUAAAUUUGAUAUAUUUUAUCAUAUACAACAGGGCCAAACCUAUGCAGCUAUUCUUUGUGAUGAAACAAUAUGGACGAUAGGUGCGUGAUUUAGCUGCGAAAAGUUUUUUUUAAAGUUAUACCUAUAUACACAGAAUAUUUUUUAUUUUUACUGCCUUUCCUAUCUUUAGAGGACCAAAAGUUAUUGAACAUUGUUUUGGUCAAAUCUCAGCGCACAGCAAGCGAAUGCUGGAAGUCAUUAUUAGUUGAUCAAUACAUCGUUGAUCCUCCUACAUUUAUGGAAAUGGAGAAAAAGUUAACCCUGGAAAGAUUUCAGAGCGAGGUAUAAAUAGCUCGAAAUUCUCUGAUGAGGAAUAUGCCGGUGACUCACUUUUACCAGACUUGUGUCUUAUUUUUCUUAUAUAGAAUCCAGGGUUUGACUUCAGUGGAGCAGAAAUCAGUGGCAAUUAUCAGAAAGGUGGACCAACGUUGCCAACCCGUGAUUGAAGCAAUGCAUCGCAUCCUCGCUGGAGAAAACUAAAAUGAACUUAUUGAAUAUGAUAGCCAGAACGAACAUGCUAAGACUGUGACGCGUGCAACGGAAUCUCAGCCCAGGAAAACUAUUUGCAGAAACACUGUUUCUUAUUCAUGGUUUUCUGAAACUGAACUGACCAUUGAAUUCGAAAUAAAAUUGCCUUACAAUAAAAUAGUUUUGGGAUUGAGUAGAGGGAAGCAUUCUAAAUGUUUCGGACGCAAUGUUGCUUAGCCUGCGUGCAGCCUCAACCCGAAUUUUUUAAAUAUCUACUGAAGUAGAUAUUUAAAAAAUUCGGGUUGAGGCUGCACGCAGGCUAUGUUGCUUGGUUCGCGCAAGGCGUUAAUAAAUGUAUCAUAAAAUCUACAAUUUGUAUAAAUUUUCCUGAAUGUUCAAUGGAUAUGGCUAUGACAUGCAUGGUAUUAAUUAAUGAAAACCACCAAUACUCUAUAGCUUAGGUUCUACUCUCUGAGUUUUUCGAGAAUGGUUUUACGUUUGUUAUGCAAUGGCUAGACAUACUUCAAGUCUCCUCAUCGAC